GCCGACGCCGCUAGGUGCCGACGUCGUCGCAAGGGACGACCGACUGAACGUCGUCACGGCGACGGAGGAUGACUCCGGACAUUACACAUGCGUCGCCAGCAGCAUAUCCGGCGACAUUCAGAAGGACUUCUACGUACAAGUUCUAGUUCCUCCGACGAUCGGCGACACUAAGGAUGACUUGGUGGCGAUAGAGGACCACCCAGUGACCAUCGAGUGUCCGGCUAGAGGAUCGCCGACGCCGGUCAUCACGUGGUUCAAGAACAGCGAUAUGAUUCACUUCGAGCAAGCCUAUGCCGAAACCAUCAGAAUCAUGUCCGGCGGUCACAUGCUGCACAUUACCACGUGUGCAGACGACCCACGAGGCACGGUACAUGUGUCGCGUGAAAAACGACGCCGGCGUCUCAGAGAAGGAAUUCAACCUGCAAGUAUUAGUUCCUCCGUCGAUCUCGGACAAGGUCAAGGACGUCUACCAGGUGGUCACUAACAGUACGGUCAGUAUCGGAUGUCCAGCUACGGGCAAGCCUGAACCAACCAUCACGUGGCUGCGUAACGGACAGCCACUCAUCGCUGAUGUUGACGAUGUUGAGUUUCUUGCCGAUGGCAGGCAGCUACGUGUGUCUGCCGUGCAGGCGUUUCAGACAGGCACCUACAGCUGCAGAGCGCAGAACAGUGCGGGAGAGGCUGAGAAGGACUUCAGACUACAAGUGCUCGUUCCUCCUAAAAUCUCCACUGAUUUGACUACUGACUUUGAGGUCUUCGUGAAUCAACCCAUCUCCAUCCAGUGUCCGGUGAAGGGCACGCCAAUGCCAGAUGUCAUCUGGAUGUUCAAUGGGCACGCACUGAGCGCAGAAGGGUUAGAACAAAAAGACAUUCGAAUUACAAGAGGCGGACAGCAGAUGGAUCUAACGCACACACUGACGGAGCACGCUGGCACCUACACAUGUCGUGCUGAGAAUGACGCUGGGCUAGACCAGCGAGACUUCAGGGUCCAAGUAUUCGGCACGUAUCCACUAAUAAAGUUCUAG